AUGUUGCCUUUAAAAAGCGAAACAAAUGCUCAGUCGCAUUCGAAUAACGCGUCGUUUAACAAUGCACAAGGAACAAAGAAAGGACGUAACGUCGAUGUAUCCAAAAGUCAAAAAUCCAUUCUUUCGUUCCUGACAAAAGGUGGACUACCUACUCCUAGUAAGGACCAUGAUGUCGAGGAAAGCUCUCUUGCUCCGCCAGGCCUUAAAACGCCUCCUAAGGACACCAUAAAAGAGAACUAUAAUGGGCGCGAUAAAUUUGUUACCCCUACUAAGGAGAGCACUGUAAAAGAUGCAUUUGCUGAGCAUGAGAAAAGUUUGCCUGUUGAUACCGAGGAUAAAGAGGAAGAAGAAACCAUAACUUUUAGCCGAAGAAGCACGCGCCUUGGUGGCAAGCGAAAGAUCCUUAUCGAAUCGGAAGAUGAGGAAAAACAAGAUACCAAUAAAGUUGACUUUGCUGAAUCGCCAAAAAAACUUCCGUUACAAAAAAAACCAAGACGUAAACUUAAUUACGAUUCAGAGGACAAUGAUUGGGAAUUAGAUGAAAAAUCGACCAAAAAAGUAUCACCGAGUAAAGUCCCACCGAGUAAAUUGAAGGCAUUCGCUUCAAGUUCUACUUCAAACCGCGGCUCUAGUUUCUCAUCUACUACAAUUUUCACUGAGAGUGAAAAGAAAAAGCAAAGGGCCGCUGAUUUUAAGGCGAAAAAUGAAGAACGAUACAGUUGGUUACUCGAAGUCAAGGAUAAAGAAGGAAAUCCAGAAGGAUCACCCAAUUAUGAUCCUCGUACACUUUACAUUCCACCAUCAGCUUGGUCAAAAUUUACUCCCUUCGAGAAACAAUUCUGGGAAAUUAAGUCUGCUCAUUGGGAUACGGUCGUGUUUUUUAAAAAAGGCAAAUUUUAUGAACUUUAUGAACGUGAUGCCGAUAUCGGUCACACAGAGUUUGAUCUUAAGCUUACCGACCGUGUAAAUAUGCGGAUGGUGGGUGUGCCUGAAAUGUCAUUCGAUCAUUGGGCCGCUCAAUUCAUUGCUAAAGGAUACAAAGUUGCAAAGGUAGAUCAAAUGGAAACAGCAUUAGGUAAAGAGAUGCGUGAGAAAGCCACUAAAUCCAAGGAGGAAAAAGUUAUUCGUCGCGAGUUAACAUCCAUCCUGACAGCUGGUACCCUCGUCGAAGGCGGACUUUUAACCAAUGAUAUGGGAACUUAUUGUCUCUCGAUUAAGGAAGAAAUUACGUCAGAUAAUGAGUUGCCUGAAUUCGGAAUUUGCUUUGUUGACACAGCAACUGGUGAAUUCAACCUCGCCUCCUUUAAGGAUGAUAUUAAUCGAACUAAAUUCGAAACUUUGAUAAUGCAAUUAAAGCCACGUGAAAUUGUAUUUGAAAAGGGAAAAUUGAGUCAACGCUCGCAUCGUAUUCUUAAAAGCUCCAUACCGAGUUUAAUAUGGAAUGGACUUGCUCCUGAUAAUGAAUUCUGGAAUGCUGAGACAACUCUAUAUGAAAUUAGAAUUUCUGGUUAUUUUUCAAACAAACGUAAAAAUAACAACGAUGGGAAUAACGAUGAAGAAAUGAAUGAUGCGUCUGAUGAGAGUAUGGAAUCGUAUCCUCUAGCGUUAAAAGAAGCUUGUGACAAACCUUUGAUGAUGUCUGCUUUGGGUGGUCUUUUAUGGUAUUUGCGCUCGCUUAAACUCGAUUUAGAAUUAGCAUCUCUAGGCAAUUUCCAUAUAUAUGAUCCAAUUCGGCACACAACUUCGCUCAUUCUGGAUGGUCAAACGCUGUUAAAUCUCGAAGUAUUUGAAAAUAGUUUUGAUGGAAGUGAAGAAGGAACUCUUUUCAAAUUAUUAAAUCGGUGUAUUACUCCAUUUGGUAAACGAACUUUCAAGCUAUGGCUAUGUCAUCCCUCAAGGAAUGCUAAAGCCAUCAAUGAAAGAUUGGACGCUAUAGAAGAAUUGAGAGCCGCGCCUGAAUUUCAAGAUGAAUUUCAUCAAUGCUUUACGCAAUUUCCUGAUCUUGAGCGUCUAAUAAGUAGAAUUCACGCUGGAACUUGCUCCGUUAAAAAUUUUCUUAUUGUAUUGGCGGCUUUUAGAAAGUUAAUGACUGCUAUUGAAGCAUUCAAUAAAUAUACAAAAGACUUCAAGUCUCAAAGGUUGUUGCAAUUAUUUGAGAUGGUUCCCGACCUAAAUUCAAAGCUUGAUUAUUUCAACAGUGCCUUUGAUUAUGAGGAGGCGACAACCAGUAAUUUGAUUCCAUAUCCUGGAAUCGAAAUCGACUAUGAUGAAAUAAAUGAGACUCUUAGAAAAAUUAACCAGCAAUUGCAAAAUCAUUUAACAGAAGUAAAAAGAAAAUUAGGGAUACCAAAGGCUGUGUACAAAGAUGUCGGAAAGGAAAUAUAUCAGAUUGAAAUUCCCAUCAAAGUCAAGGUGCCCGACGAUUGGAGAAAAUUAUCGGGAACAAAGACUGUAAAUCGUUAUUGGAAUCCAACUCUGCAAAAACUUAUCAGAGAACUUCAAGAAGCCCAGGAAACGCAAGCUAAUAUUCUAAAAUCUUUACGAGGACGAUUUUACGAAAAGUUUGAUGCUCACUAUCAAGAAUGGUUGGUUGCAGUCAAAAUCGUCGCUGAAGUAGACUGUCUGUUAAGUUUAACUAAAAGUUCCUUGGCAUUGGGUGAACCCUGUUGUCGUCCCGAGUUUGUUGAGGAAGGUCCGAGUUUCUUAAAGUUUGAAGAUUUAAGACAUCCUUGUGUAGUACCAGGAGUCGCUACCGAUUUUAUUCCUAACGAUACAUAUUUGGGAGACAAUGAACCUAAUGUUAUUCUUUUGACUGGUCCUAAUAUGGGUGGUAAAUCGACAUUAUUGCGCCAAAAUUGUGUUGCGAUUAUAAUGGCUCAGCUUGGUUGCUACGUGCCAGCAAGACGAUGUGUAUUGACACCUUUCGAUCGAAUCUAUACUCGUAUCGGCGCAAAUGACAAUAUUAUGGCAGGUCAAAGCACGUUCAUGGUUGAAUUGACAGAAACAUCAAAAAUCCUUCACGAGGCCACUCCACGCUCAAUGGUCAUUCUUGACGAAUUGGGUCGUGGAACCUCGACAUUUGAUGGAUACGCGAUUGCUUAUUCUGUGCUUCAUUAUCUCGCCACUCAUAUUGGCUGCCUCGCCUUGUUUUCAACACAUUACGGUACACUGACUCAAGAAUUCGCAAAGAAUCCUAAUAUCGCUCUCAAACAUAUGAGCUGCCAAGUAGACCAGGAUCGUAAAGAAGUAACCUUCCUUUACAAGUUAGUCCCUGGCGUAUGUCCGAAAUCCUAUGGUAUGAAUGUAGCCAGCAUGGCAGGAGUGCCUCGGGUUGUAGUCGAACGAGCAGAAGAAAUCGCAGCGAAAUUCGAACAGUCCUCUAGAUUAAACGAUACUUUGACCUCAAAAGAAUCUGAUUUACCAGCGACCUUGUAUUCUGAUUUUGCUCACUUGCUUAGAGCAGCAACGAGCGCAGCCCCGUCCGACGGUGUUUGCGAUCGAGCUUUGGAUAAUCAAACUGAAAUAGAGAAAAAACAACGGCAAGCACGAGUGUUAAGUGCGAUUAUUCGUAGACUUAAGAAAUUAUAA